AUGGACGAUAGGAUUAGCUUGUUACCAAAUGAAACUAUUUGUCACAUUCUCUCUUUUCUUCCAACGGAAGAUGUUUAUGCAACAAGUGUUCUUUCAAAGAGAUGGAUUCCACUCUACCUCUCAGUUCCCACUCUCGACAUCGAUGAUAAACGCUUUGUUUCAAGUGGCAAAUCCUAUUCCAACUUCAUGAUGAUGGUUUGUGCAACCCUUUUUGCACAAAUGGUACCGCGAUACAUUGAAAAGAAGAUUGGCCUAAGAAAAGUACGCAUUUCUUUGUAUGGCGGGGUAGAACCUUCUCUUUUUGAGAAGUCUUUAACUGCGGUAGCUGAACGUGGAAUGGAGCAUCUCGAUCUCUUGUUGAUCGUUCCACAAUCUCCAUGUUACAUUCUAAGCUUCAGAAAUCUUGUUGUUCUCAAGUUGAAAGUAAUAUCUUUUCGUGAGUUUCCUAUUACUAUUGACCUUGCCUCACUCAAGAUUCUUCAUUUGUUUAGAGUUUAUUUCAAGGAACGAUGGUAUCUUGCUGAAUUUCUUAAUGGAUGUCCAAUUCUUGAAGAAAUUGAAGCAAAAGAUUUAUCUUUGAAGUAUGAUUGGGGGUUUCAUGAACAAAAAGGAAAGUUUAAAAAAAUGCAUGAAUGUGGGUUUCAUGAACAUAAAGAAAAGUUUAAAAAAUUACCCAAUUUGGUUAAGGCAAACCUAAUUAAUCUGGUUCCUUUUUAUUUUACUCCUCCUCUGACUGCCUUAUGUAACGUUCAAUUUCUUCGCUUGGAAGAGGUGUAUGAUCGUGCGGUUUUUUCCAAUUUAACUCAUUUGGAGCUUGUCUUUGGGACAACCGGGGCUGAUUGGUACAUGGUAUAUGGCAUGCUCAAUGAUUGUCCAAAUCUUCAGAAUUUUGUAUUUGACAAGCCUCCACUUUCGGAAUCAUUUGAUGCAGGUUGGUAUGAACAGAUGGAGUUGCGCGUUGUUCCUAAAUGCUUUUCCUCACAGUUUAGAAAGUGCACGAUAAAAAAUUAUCGAUAUGAGUUUGGAUUUGUGAAGUAUAUCAUGCAAAAUUCAACAUCUCUACGGUGCAUGGCACUCUACACUCCAGCAUCAUUAGACGAUCCAUUCGAGAAGCUUGAAAUUCUCAAUGAAUUAUUUUCGAUUAGGGAGAGAACUUCAACAUAUGAAAUUGUUUUUAUUUGA